CUACUAAAUUUUUCCACUGAUAUUCGUUUGUUUAGAAGACAACUCAUUCUUCUUGACGACACCCUGCCAAGGACAGGCAAGAGUUUCCUCAGCAUUGCCUUUCCAAGGCUGGGUUGUCUCGUUUAUAAAACAACAUUUCAAGAGAAAACAACGCUGAAAUUGUUGAGCAGGAAUAACAAUCCAAUGGCAGAUCAUUCAGGACAACCCCAAGAUCGACGCACCAGAUCUAGGCCCAGCUCUAUUCAUAAUUUAGCUCAAUCUGGAGACCUGAUCAACCUUACCAAGAAGCUGCAAGAUUCUCCUUCUCUUCUUAAUGAUCGGAAUCCAAUUAUGGCUCAGACCCCACUUCAUGUAUCUGCAGCCAACAAUAAAAAAGAAAUUGUCAAAUUUUUGUUCAACUGGCAUGGUCCAGAGAACCUAGAAGUGGAGGCCAAAAAUAUGUAUGGAGAAACACCAUUGCAUAUGGCUGCGAAAAAUGGCUGCACUGAAGUUUUGAAAUUGCUUCUUAAUCACAAUGUUGAUAUAGAAGCCAGAGCAAAUAACGGGAUGACACCAUUGCAUUUAGCAGUCUGGUAUUGUCUUCGAGCAGAAGACUGUUCAGUGGUUGAGACUUUGUUGCAGUACCAUGCAGAUGUUAAUGCUAAGGAUAAUGAAGGAAUGACACCAUUAGGUCACCUAUUACAAGGUCCUAGCAACCAGAAGCUGCAAUCGCUUCUGCAAUUUCAUCUUGAUGAACAAAGAAAGCAGAAAGCAAGACUAGCAUUGGAGGAUUCCAAAGGUAAGUUGGCAGAGCUGGAAUUAGAGUUGUCAAAAAUUGUUGGUUUGCAUGAACUGAAGCUACAACUACGAACAUGGGCAAAGGGAAUGCUCCUGGAUGAGAAGCGUCGGGUUCUUGGACUUAAAAUUGCCACUAGAAGACCCCCUCACAUGGCUUUUCUUGGCAACCCCGGGACAGGCAAAACAAUGGUUGCCCGAAUUCUUGGAAAACUUUUGCACAUGGUUGGUGUUUUACCUACUGACAAUGUAACUGAAGUACAGAGAACGGAUCUAGUUGGUGAAUUUGUUGGUCAUACUGGUCCCAAAACAAGGAACAAGAUCAAGCAAGCAGAAGGUGGAAUCCUGUUCGUUGAUGAAGCAUACAGACUGAUACCCAAUCAGAAAGCAGAUGACAAGGACUAUGGCGUGGAAGCUUUGGAGGAGAUCAUGUCUGUCAUGGAUAGUGGAAAGGUGGUUGUAAUAUUUGCUGGAUAUGCUGAGCCAAUGAAGCGUGUUAUUAACUCCAAUGAGGGAUUUUGUAGAAGAGUGACGAGAUAUUUCUUUUUUGAUGACUUUGAUUCAAGAGAACUUGCUGAAAUUGUUCAUUUAAAGAUUCAUGAACAGUUGGAGGACAGUUUGCUUUAUGGUUUUAAGCUGCACCCAACAUGCACCAUUGAGGCGAUCUCUGAUCUUUUGAAGAAUAACACAACAGAGAAGCAAAGGAAAGAGUUGAAUGGGGGUCUUGUAGGCCCCAUGUUAGUCAAUGCUCGAGAGAACCUGGAUCUCAGGCUUGACUUGGAUUGUUGUGAUGCAGAAAAUCUUGUAACCAUUACCCUGGAAGAUCUUGAAUCAGGACUUAGGUUGAUUCGUUCAUGAUGUGAGAGAGUAGAAAUGAGUUUCCUGUAGUUAUUCCCCAAUUAGGUUGAAGUAAUUAUUCAUAUUAUGCUGUUUGGCAGUAUGCAAUUUUUCUGUGCUCUCAUAUUCAGUGGAUUACAAUUAUUAUCCAUUGUAAACCUCAGGCUGCGUUUACAUCUUUAAUCCCAUAAUUCUUUGUCAUACCUAUAAACAGGGACUGAUUAUUGAUUCAUUUGUUUCAUGCCUCCACCUCGUCAAUAUAAAUAUAUUCUCUUUGCAAGUCA